AUGUACGAAUCAUCGCUGCAUGAAAAGGAAAACAGAAGGAGAUCCCCCGAACAUGAGGGGCAACAGAAGAGUGCCCAAGACACGAAUGAUAAACACCGGUGGUGGUCCUCUGAACAACUGCAGUAUAUACCACUAGACGACUCGGGCGUAAAGGGGGACGCUGAAGACAUAUGGGCGCAAGAGCUGAGAAGGAGCAAAUCGUCCCUCUGGAGAUGGCGCUGUGCCACUGCGCUACUCUCAGUGGCCUUGAUCGCGUCCUGUCUCCCAGUCUUCACGCCAAGGUCCAUUCGAGAAGGCUACCCCCAACCAGAAGAAGGCGAGGAAAACAAUCUCAAAUGGAUAAAAGAAGCCGAAGUCGCCCAAGGACACUUUUGGUGCGGCAAUUCGACCCUCGAAGCCAAACGCAGAGGCUGCGCCUUCAACAAGCUCCACAACAGAUGGAUGCAUCCGGCCUGCAGGCACGACUUUGAGUACGCCAGACGGGCCGUCUUUGAAGCCCUGGGCCUGGGUGAGGACGAGAAGCCGACAUUCCACUUCUACAGGGACGACGACGGCAAACCGGGGGCUGAGAUCUCCGACGACGAGCUGGAUCGGUCCGAGAUCUUGAUGCCGGCUUGGACGACUGUCGGGCACCAUAUGACACACUGCAUGUAUCUGCUGCUGCAGGCCGCGGCGGCGCUCAACCUUGGCACAAAGGCGGAUAUGGUUGUUCAUGCUUGGGAGCAUGCGAAGCAUUGCGCCACGGUUGUGCUUAAUGAGACGAAAAAGGCGCCGGCUUGGAAUGAGGUUGCGAGUUUCGGACAUACGCAGUCUGGUGUUUGUUGGUAG